AUGCGUUGAUCUUCACUCAGUAAUCGAAGAACUGUUGAACAUUGAGAUCAUCCAAUUCGUUCAAAAAUUUUUCUUUUAUUUUUUUCUUGGAUUGCAACAACUUGUUGUUGAAAUUAAUCGCUUUUCGCUUAAACCUUUUCUCACUUUUUUUAAAUAAAUAAAUUCUAUUCAAAUAAAAAUAAAUAAGGUACGACGAUCGAACAAAAUGUCUGGUUUAAAUUCGCGGGAGCGUUGGGAAGUUCAAGCGUCCCAUAUUGCCAAGCAAACACACAAUCCUAUAAGAUCUAUCGUGGAUAACAUCGUUGUCGAACCAAAUCCUAACAAGAGAAUGAUCGCUUUGUCGAUCGGUGAUCCAACGACGUUUGGAAACUUGAAACCAGCAAAGGAAGUAAUCGAAGCUGUUCAAGAAAGUAUUGCUUCUCAAAUGUACAACGGUUAUGCACCAAGUACAGGUUAUGAAAAAGCAAGAGAAGCCGUAGCCGAGUACAGUUCUUCCGAUUUUGUUAAGGUAGAAGCCAAGGAUGUGAUCCUGUGCAGUGGUUGCUCUUGCGCUCUCGAUCUCUGCAUCACUGCACUAGCACGAGAAGGACAGAACAUUCUAAUUCCACGUCCCGGUUUUUCUAUUUAUCGAACGUUAGCGGAAGGUCUGGGAAUUGUGGUGAAGACUUACAAUCUUUGCCCGGAACGCAGUUGGGAAAUCGAUCUCGAUGACCUGGAGACGAAGAUCGACGAAUCUACAGCAGCGAUAGUUAUAAACAAUCCCUCGAAUCCAUGCGGUUCUGUGUUCAGCCGCAACCAUAUUCUCGAUAUUCUGAAUAUUGCUGCACGUUACUACGUGCCUAUUAUCGCAGACGAAAUUUACGAACAUAUGGUUUUCCCUGGACGGACUUUUCACUCGUUAGCUACUCUUUCGAGCGAAGUUCCUAUUUUAUUGUGUAGCGGUCUUGGGAAGAGGUUUUUGGUACCAGGCUGGCGUAUGGGAUGGAUUAUCAUUCACGACAAACAAAACGUUCUCGAGGGAGAGAUUCGCAAGGGUUUGCAAUGUUUGAGUCAGAGAAUUAUCGGUAGCAAUACACUUAUACAGGGUGCCUUACCCGCCAUAUUGCGAAAUACGCCCGAAAAGUUUUUCGACGACGUGAUGCGUACCUUGCACAUUCAUUCGAAACUGUGUUAUAAUUGUAUAGCGAAGAUACCUGGCUUGAAACCGAUAAUGCCAGACGGUGCGAUGUAUAUGAUGGUUUCUAUAGACUUACCCUGCUUUCCUGAGUUUAAUUCUGAUCUUGAAUUUGUACAACGUUUGCUUAUGGAGGAGUCUGUUUUUUGUUUGCCAGGUCAGUGUUUCGAUUAUCCUUCUUACAUGAGAUUGGUAAUUACUAUACCCCAAGAUAUGCUCGAAGAAGCGUGUCAGAGAAUUCAAGAGUUUUGUUGUAGACACCAUUACAAAACGGCAAAAAUCAAUAGGAAAAAUCAUUUGAUUGAAAAUUUAAGUGAAGGUUUUCUACUGACGAAUGGGGCCAAAGGAAAUUGUGAGAACCUUUGAUAGUUUAUUCAUAACGUUUACUCAUGGAAUAUUGUACUUACGUAUUAUCCUUUUUCGUCCAUCAAAAUCAGCCUUUAAAAAUUGUACGAAUAAGAAACGAAGGAGCCAUCGUUUGUGUAUAUUUUAAGCAUCGAAAUACAUUUAUAAUAAUUUUUAAUUUUAAA